GUCGUCACUCGUCAAUCAUUGUCUGAUAGCUGCCCUCCCCCAGCAAACGAUUCCCACCGAUCCGCUCUUAUGCAGCGCGGUGCAAUCGCCAACGGAUACGAGCCUCGGCCGAGUCAACUCCGCAUCAAACGAGAGUGGUAAUGACCAAACAAGAUUGCCCAAGAACCAAAAGCGGAGCCAAAAAGUAGAAAAAAGAUGAAAGGGGGUCAGUGGUAGUGCAGCAAGGACUGACUGUGAUAACCUCCCCCCUAGUUCGGUUUCGAUCGCCCCCCAGAUCCACCACCUUCUCUCCUCCUCCCGCGUAGCCCCCAUGGCUCACCCCCACCACCACCCGCCGCCACCCCCGACCCCCGGUUGCUGCAGCAGCUACUGCUGCCACUCCGGCGCAGCCCACCACCCCCCGCCUCAGCCGCCGUUGGACCCGCUCGUCGAAGCCCUCAUUUCGCGCCUCCUCCAACCUCCUCCUCCUCCUCCUCAAGAACCCCACAACCCAUUUCCGCGGACCCGCCAGGAAACGAGCUUCGGUCAACCCCAUCACCGCCACCCGCGGCAGCAGCAGCUCCGGCAUCACCCGGAUCCCAUCUCCUCUCUCCUCGAUCGCAUCGAAGCUCUCGAGUCCUCGCUCCGUUCCUUCUCCGUCUCUCCUCCUCCUCCUCCCGCUUCCUGUCGCCGCCGCCGGUUCUGUCCUCUCAGGGACGCGGCCGCUCGCGUCAUCCAGGGCCACUUCCGGGCCUUGCUCGUCCGCAGAUCCAGGGCCCUCCGAGACCUCGAGCGCCUCGCUUCCAUCAAGUCCGCCGCCGCCGCUCUCCGGUCCUCCGUCUACGCCUCUUCCCAGCUCGAUCUCGAUCGCGUCUCUCGGAAAGUCACCGCCCUGCUGCUUCAGCUCGAUUCCAUUCAGGGUAAUAGUCCUGUGAUUAGAGAUAGUAAAAGGAAGAUUAGCAGGGAUUUGGGUUGCUUGUUGGAGUACAUUGAUAGCGUUGCUGUGAAAAGAUAUGAGAUUUCUUAUAAAGCUAAGAAGUGUGUGAAAUCUGUGGGAGGUAGAGGCAAAGUGAAGGACUUGAGGGAUCAGAGAGACGUGGUUAAUAACCUGAGGACGAGGGUCGAGCGGGUCCGCGAGUUGUCUAGGGCUUUAGAGAAUGAUGCUGGGGAAGAUGGAGAGCUUGAAGGGUUCCACGGUGUCGGGGAUGGGGAAGUGGACGGUAGGAGGGUGAGCAGGGUGCCGGGGAAAAGGUGUGGAGUGAAGAAAGCUGUGAACUUCGCGGAGGAUGGGAAUGUGUAUAGGAUCAUCAGCAGCAAUUCUGACGAGGCAAGCUCGAGUGGGGAUGAUCGAGGCGGUAUUGGUGGUGGAGAGGUUUUGGAGGAUUUCCGAGCCCACAAUGAGGUUGAAGAGAUGAAGGGCUCUUCUUAUGUGGCCGAGGAUGAUGAUGACGACGAUGAUGAAGAGGAAGAAGCUGAGAAGGGGAGCGAGGAGUCUCUGGAGAGCAGUGAUGGAGAAAAACACCAGGGAAGGGUGAGGAGUAAAGGUAAAGUCAACAAUGGCGGGGCAUGUAAGGGCCAGAACAGCAAGUUCUCAUUCUCUGCCCCAGUACCUGAGAAGAUGGAAUCAAGAGCUGAUUUGGUGAAGAACAGAAAGAAUGUGAAGAUUUCAACGUCACAGCAAUAAGCCAAGAAGUCUUGCAAUCAACUUUUGGUUUCGGCAAUUAUGCAGCUGUUGACUUGGCCAUUGGAGUA